AUGGCAGGUGCUAUGGAAAAUGCUCGCAAGGAGAUUAAGCGCAUCUCGUUAGAAGACCACGCCGAAUCGGAGUAUGGGUCCAUUUACUCGGUCUCAGGUCCGGUGGUGGUGGCCGAAAACAUGAUUGGCUGUGCCAUGUACGAGUUAGUCAAGGUCGGCCACGACAACCUGGUGGGCGAAGUCAUCCGUAUCGAGGCCGACAAGGCCACAAUUCAGGUGUACGAGGAAACAGCCGGUGUCACGGUCGGUGACCCCGUUCUCCGUACUGGUAAGCCUUUGUCCGUGGAAUUGGGUCCAGGUCUGAUGGAAACCAUCUACGACGGUAUUCAGAGACCCUUGAAGGCCAUCAAGGACAAAGCCCAGUCGAUUUACAUUCCAAGAGGAAUUAACGCCCCAGCUCUGUCACGUGAGGUCAAAUGGCAAUUCAAGCCUGCAAAGGACAAGACCGUUGGUGACCACAUCGCAGGCGGUGACAUCUUUGGUUCGAUCUUUGAAAACUCUCUGUUGGAGGACCACAAAAUCUUGCUGCCUCCCAGAGCCAGAGGUACCAUCACUUGGAUCGCUCCAGCGGGCGACUACACUGUGGACGAAAAAGUGUUGGAAGUUGAAUACGACGGCGUGAAGUAUGACUACUCCAUGUACCACACUUGGCCCGUGCGUGUGCCUCGUCCUGUGACGGAAAAGCUGUCUGCGGACUAUCCUCUUUUGACCGGUCAAAGAGUCCUGGAUUCGCUUUUCCCCUGUGUUCAAGGUGGUACUACCUGUAUUCCCGGUGCUUUUGGUUGCGGUAAAACCGUUAUUUCUCAAUCGCUAUCCAAGUACUCCAACUCGGACGCCAUUAUCUAUGUGGGUUGCGGAGAGCGUGGUAACGAAAUGGCUGAAGUCCUGAUGGAAUUCCCUGAGCUGUUCACCGAAAAGAACGGUAAGAAGGAGCCUAUCAUGAAGCGUACCACUUUGGUGGCCAACACCUCCAAUAUGCCUGUCGCAGCUAGAGAAGCUUCCAUUUACACUGGUAUUACUCUUGCAGAAUACUUCAGAGACCAAGGUAAAGACAUUGCUAUGAUUGCUGACUCUUCUUCUAGAUGGGCUGAAGCUUUGAGAGAAAUUUCUGGUCGUUUGGGUGAAAUGCCUGCUGAUCAAGGUUUCCCUGCUUAUUUGGGUGCUAAACUGGCCUCCUUCUACGAGAGAGCCGGUAAGGCCGUGGCGCUGGGCUCGCCAAACCGUGUAGGAUCCGUUUCUAUUGUUGCAGCCGUCUCCCCUGCUGGUGGUGACUUUUCUGAUCCAGUUACCACCUCUACUUUGGGUAUCACUCAGGUUUUCUGGGGUUUGGAUAAGAAGCUGGCUCAAAGAAAGCAUUUCCCAUCUAUCAAUACAUCUGUUUCCUACUCCAAGUACACCAACGUGUUGAACAAGUAUUACGACGGCAACUACCCUGAAUUCCCUCAAUUGAGAGACCGUAUUCGUGAGAUCUUAUCGAACGCUGAAGAACUUGAACAAGUGGUGCAGUUGGUUGGUAAGUCGGCCUUGUCGGAUAGCGACAAGAUCACUUUGGAUGUUGCCACUUUGAUCAAGGAAGAUUUCUUGCAACAAAACGGUUACUCGUCCUACGAUGCCUUCUGCCCAAUCUGGAAGACAUUCGACAUGAUGAAGGCCUUCAUCUCUUACCAUGACGAAGCGCAAAAGAGCAUUUCCAAUGGCGGCCACUGGGCGAAAUUGGCCGAAGCCACCAGUGACGUUAAGCACGCUGUUUCGUCCUCCAAGUUUUUCGAGCCAAGCAGAGGCGAGGAGGAAGUGCACGGUGAAUUUGAGAAGCUUUUCAGCAAGAUUCAAGAGAGGUUUGCUGAGUCGUCCGAUUGA